AAUUCUCUGUAUUCGAAUACCAAAGUGUAGAUAAAUAAAAAAAAAACAAUGUCCCAACAACCACAAUAAUAUCAAGAUUACCAACAAUAAAUUGAAAUAAAAAUGUCACUAUUCAGCGACAUCUUGCAAAAGAAACAUCAAGAGCCACAGCAUGCCAAAUCCACAACUAAACCAACUUUACCUAUUAUCAAUGAGCUGGUUAUGGACUCAGAGUUGGAGUCGGAGGCGGAAGAGUCCGACGAUUACAGUCUCAACUUUGUUGCUGGCCUCGGGACGACAAACCAGCAUUUGAACAGCACCAGCUUGAGUAACAGCAUCACCAGCAGCUCACUGAACUCUCUGACAUCCAGCUGCACAAAAGAGUCGAAUACGACGAUCAGUGAACAACCGUCAAAUGCCAGCAAACACUUUGAGAACACAUACAAGCUGCUCGGUAGGCAUCUCGAGAGCAAUUGCCUGCGCACUGCGGACAAGUUGCAGCAGCUAGACAGACUGCAAGCCGAAAGCAGCCUGGAGAGCAGCAGUCUGAGCAGCUUAACUAGCUUGAAUAGCUCCUGUGCCGCCGCCUCGCUGUCGGCCAUUGUCAAUGGUACCGAGCCGGCUCCCACUCGUCUUGAACUCGAACUGGAGGCCGUUGAGCGCAUGCGCGUCAUAGUCCAGCAAAUGAAGUCAACGCCCAAAGAGUCACAAUCAGUCAGUGCAUCUGCACCACUCCUGGCACUGUUGCAUGAUUUCGCUGCCAAAGGACAACCAGCUUAUAAUGCCAAUCCCAACAACAGCACGCCCUGCACUCCAGCACCAAGCCCCAUUACGGGUGCUCUGCCUCCUGAGGGACCCAACUUCGAGCUGCCCCCAGGACUGCUGGAAACGGCUAGCUCCUGGGAGCUCAUGUAUUAUGCAUCCAAAAAUGUCGAUGGCAAGAAUUGCCUUAAAGUUGUGCGCAGUCUCUUGACCAACAAAGUUCUAUGUGGUAAUCGCGUCAGCCAAAUGACUCGCGCUUACGAUGACAUUGAAGCUGUGACGCGUCUGCUCGAAGAGAAGGAAAAGGACUUGGAGCUGACUGUGCAAAUUGGCAAGGAAUUGCUAACUCAAAACAAUGGACUUGAGGCGCGGGUUAGCGAUCUGGAAUUGGAUCUGAAAUCUGCCAACGACGAUCGCGCUCAGCUCCUACAUGAGCUACACAAAAAGAACGAACUGAUAUCGGUGCUAACCAACGAUGCUGACGAUGGCACAGAUGCGGACACACCCACAAUGUCCAAAUCGAUCACACUGGAUCUGUUGCAAAAGAAAGUGAAUUCGUUGUUGGAUGAAAACAAAACGCUAAAGAGCGAAGCCACACAGUUGGCGCAUCAGACGGACGAAGUGGAGGAACACGAGCGACGACUGAUGGCGGAUAUCAGUGCACAAUUAAACGACGCGAACUCCCAGUACGAUAAUAUAAGUUUGGAGCUGGAGCGGCAGCGCGAGGAGAAUCGCUUGCAGCAUGAGCAGAUUGUCAGUUUAACGGCACGCCUGGCAGAGGCAGAAAUGCGGCUGCAUCAGCUCACGCAGGACAAUGAUGAGCACUUGUCACUGCUGCACGUGACCAAGGAAAAUCAAAAUGCAUUGGCUCUCGAGUUGGUAGAGUUUAAGCAGCGCUAUGAGGAAGUGCUUGCAUUGCUGCACUCUGCCCAGGAUCAGUUGAAGCAGCAGCGCAAGCGAUCGCAACCGCAGGCGCGCAGCUCCUUCCUGGGCGGGCUGGGCACUAAUGGAGCGGCUGCCGCCGUCGCCGUAGAGUCUUUGCAGUCGGAACUGAUGGAGUCUUCGCUGUACUCCGAGAUUAGUCUGGAUUCGGGCAUAUCGGGCGACAGCCAGCGCAGUGCAGAUCGCAUUAGUCGCAUGAUGUCACAGCUGCCUGGUGGCAUGGGAAUGGGCAUGACCACCAGCCUGGGAUCGAGCAGUAUCUAUGGCCAGCCACCAUAUAAGCGUGCAUUUGAUACGGUGCGCUGCGCCACUAAGUGCGGCAACUACAUGGACAGUGGAAAUGUGUCGAUGACACAGCUGGGUGCAAUGUCCAUGAGCAGCUCAUCGGGACCGCGCAUGGCGUCGAUGGCCUAUCCCGCUGGAUCUUAUUAUCGCGGAGCCAGUGGCGGCAGCAGCAAUUCGCUGGGGCUUAAGACGCUUUCUAAUGAAAGCCUCAACUCGCAGUCAGACGAUGGCUAUCCAGCACAACCAUCUGGUGUGCCUGGCGCUCCAGGGGCUAAGGAGCUAGAGGCGGCUCUAAAACGCCUGACACCUGCCGAGGUGUUGGCUCGACGCGCUAUGCUCUCCUAUGCUCCAGCCGGCACUUAUAACUAUGAUGAGCCCCAUCAAGGGCGAUGCGGCGGAUCCGCUGCUCAGGCGGCCACUGCAGGAUUGGGCAUGGGCAUGAACUUGCCAAUGGGGGUGCGAACACCGGACAGCAUUAUGUCAACGGGUUCAGGGUCUUCGGGUCUUACAACGCACCAGUGGCGUCUUCCAGAGAAACUGCAGAUUGUUAAGCCUAUGGAGGGAUCACAAACGUUGCAUCAUUGGUCGCGUUUGGCGACUCCGACACUCAGCGGCCUCUUGGAGGAAAGACCUGGCGUUACCAUACGCGGUGGUCGCGGUCUCGAUGAUCUGGGCAUGCAGGUGUACACGCUAUCUGAUGUGGAGGAGGAUGUCAGUGAGGAGCUGGGUCUAGGCAAGCAAUUUGAAGCGCCCGGCUGUACCUAUACGUAUACUAAUAGCAUGGUAAUGCAUCCGGACGAUGGCUUCGUCAACGAUCUUUCAUUUCUCUCCCAGUCACAAGUAUCCUCUCGCAUGGCAUCCACGUCAACAUCAAGACAACCAAGUUGUCCCGCAACACCACGUGCUGGGAUGUCACGGAAGAAUUCCUGCUCGACGUUUUCAGUUAAUUUGGGUCUGGCUGGCAUGCUGAAUGAACGCGGCAUUAAGGCGGUCACGCCCAGUGCUCUCAACACUCCAGCUGGUCCAAAUUACUCUCCGACAGUGACGCCCUGCAACAGUCCAGAAGGAUCACCGCCUCGCGCUCAAUCGCCUGAGCCGUUAUUUGGGUUGCUAUCGUCUGGUGCAGAUUUGAUAAGACGCAAAUUAGUUGGGUCCAACAGCUCUUCAGAUACGCAAUUACAUCGGAGCUUGAGCAAACAGCAGCAUCAGCAAAAGGUGAUGCUAUCACAGCUGGAGCGAAGAGCUCUGCGUUCGCUGAAUUUGAUCGAGAAGGUGGAGAGCAUCGGACUGGAGAACAUAAUCAGUGCACAGCGUGGAAAUGGACGUGGCAGCGGCAUUGCGAAUCGGAGCAGUUCGCCUCUGUCACAGUUGAGUAACAGUAGCUGCGACAGCCUACAGAGUUUGCAUACUAGCAGCAACAGCAUCGUGGACGAUAUACACUUUGAUCGCGCACAAAUCAAAGGUGUUCUGCACCGAGGUCUUAAAUCCCCUACACCCACUCCAGUUACCACAAAUGCAGCACAGAUGCCCAGUAGCAGCAGUGCCACAACCAGUGCCUACAACAGCGAGGAUAGCGACGAUCAGGGCAUUGUGCUACAAUUGAAACCCCGUGCAACAUCAACAACAACGACAACUCCGGCAACACUGUCGAAACAUUCAGCUGGAGGAGCAGCUGCAGCAGCAACAGCAACAACAGUAAACGGGUCGGGCAUGGGAACUGGAGUCUCUGCCGUCGCCACGGCCAAUGAAACGCGCAUCAAGCAAAUGCAACGACAGAAGUCGCGUCGUAAUCUUAAAAAUGGUAUGGCUGCUCAGCGUCCCGAUUUGGGCACCAUUGGUGGUGCUAGUGGAGGCCGUGUACGUCCAGAUCUUGGCAAGGUCUCAGAUAGCAGUGGUACACCAAGUACGGCAACAGCGUCAUCAACGACAGCCGCUAAGAGCAGUGAUAAUCUAGACUCGAGGGCGGCGUCUCAGAGCAUUACUCAGUCAUUUGUGGGUUCGGUUAGUUCCUUGUUGUUUGGUCGUAAGGGCGGUUGGCUGUAAACUUAACAUGUAUACACCCCACAAACUCCUCACUCCCCAUACACACACUAGUAUAUAUUUAUAUACAUGUACUCACGUAUGGAUGCUAGGAAGACUCCUUAAAAGAGACAAGCGCGUCGGAUUAUGAUUUCAUUUUACAGUUUUAGUUUAUUAUACUUAUAUUUAUAUAACAAUAACAAACAAAACACAAAAGCCACACGAAAUAAUAAAAUGGGUUCUAUUUGUCACCGUCUCUGCUCCUGCUGCCGCCGUCGCCGUUGCAGUGACCACUUAUUUGAUGGACGACUUUUUGUCGCGAUGGAUGUUAUGCAACACUGGCGACGUCCACUGUCUUAGUGUUUGUAGCUGUGAUUUGUAAAUAUUUGUAGUAAAAUGUUUAAAUUUAGUAGUUAAUAUUAAUGAAACUUUCACUUGUUUUUUGCUUUUACAACGGCGACUAACUUUAAGCUAACCAGAACACAAAUAGUAACCAGUACCGACCCAACAAAAAAAAAUAGUUAGUGCAAACAACAGUUAGUUCCAAAGCAGCUUUUUAUUUACUCAACAACAUUAUUAUUAUAAUUAUACUUACAACAAAUAUUGUUUUUGCCAAUUUUGUAUUUAUUUCCAUGUAUGUUUACAUAAAGGAUACGAAACGAAGAUAGCCUACGAUAUAUUUUAUUUUUCUUUAACAAACUUUUGUGUAUAAAUAAAAAAAAAUGUGCGAUUUAAAAUUAUGUAUAUAAGAGAAGAGAUAAAAAGAAACUAGUGGAUAUGCAAAGAUGAACAUAUAUUUUUUUACACAUGUAUAGUUUACGUUUUUGCUUUCCACUUGCUACGUCUUCAAGUAAAAUUUUCAAUAAUUUACCCGCUUGCAUUAUUCUAAACUGUAUAUUUCGCAUACAUAUGUAUUUUCUUUGGGCUUUGUACGCGCACACAUAUAAGGAAGAGAGUAUCCCAAAAUGUUUACUAUUUGUUUCUAGUCUUGUUCAGUACUCAUUUGGCUAUACGACUUAUUUGAUGCAUAGCUCCUAAAUUGAGUGCCUAAGAUAUAUCCAUGCAAGCAUCUGAUCAAAAAUCGAAAUGAUAAUUUGUUUUUUGAAGAUUCAAUAUUUUUCUAAUCGAUUUAUGUGUUAAUUACCACCACUGUUGGCUAACAUUGCACAGUUUACACACAUGUUAGUACACCACUGUUAGCUAACUGCAGGAAUUCAGAUAACACGACAUAACAAAUGCAAUAUUAUUGCAAAUCAAUAAUU